AUAGAAUGUGGCAGUGAAGGGGGGGAGUAUCUUUAUUAUAUACCCUCGAAGUAGAAGAAGCAACGAAAAGCAGCAUGGAUUGGAGUUUCCGGCAUAGCCGCUACCGCUUCGCUUCUGCCAUGAGCAGCAUUGUGAACAAGUACAACUUUGCCUUUGAAGAGGAUAUAGUUGUCUCUAUCAAAUCAUUGAUUUAUCAGACACAGGAUGGGCCAAGAGUUUGGGGAGAAGAGUCAAAUGAUGAAAUUUUAGAUGUGUCUUAUGAGAACACAAUAGAAUGCCAAGAAAAACUAGUGCAAAAGCAGAAUUCUGAUUUUGAAGAAGACUCUACAGAUGAGCAAACAUUUGAGGAACAUCACUUCAUAGACCUAUAUGAAGACAGCCAACACAGUCCAGAUAGCAAAGGAAAGGCUGAGUUGGCGUCUAUUAAAUGUCAGUUGGCCAAUAUACAUAUCAAGGAUAACAUCCCACUUGAAUGCACUUCUCGAACACCUGUGAAAAAUAAAUGCAAAGUAGAAAUGGACAUUAUGUUGAAAGAUUAUGCCAAUUCUGCUCCAGCAAUGUUUAUGGUUACAAAACCAAGAAGUAUUUGUCAGUUGUCUCCUUUGCGGCAAAGAAGGAAAUUGGAAAACAAAUCCUUAAUCGGGUGUGAUACAAUCCAGAGGAAGCAGCUGUCACCUGUAUCGCUGAGAUCUCCAGAACCAUCCAUUUCUGCUGCUUCACAUUCAGUGAAUGGGACAACUGUGCCUAAAAACCAAUCCCUUCUUAAUAAUGGAACUGGACAUAGUAGCUUUUUAGAAAUGUAUGAAUCUGCAGAUGAAAACUGUUCAUGGAAUAAUGUCACAAUAGCAGAUUUGUAUCCAGGAAUGGUAAAAACUCUUAGCAGACUAUUGGAUAAAGUACCCCAAAAAUCUUUUUCCAAUUCAUUAAACAAGCAAUAUAACUAUAGAUACUGUCAUUCUAAAAAAGCAAAAUUUAAUACCAACAAAGAGAAAAUGCGAAAGUCCAGAGUACUAAAAUGGACAUCUGGCUUCAUUACCGAAAAUGCUGAAAAGAAGAAAUUAUCUAUAGAAAGUAAUGGUGACAAAAGCCCUUUUUACAAUUCAAAACGUCAGGUACUAUGCUCUGAAAAAAGUAUUUACAGAAUAGAACCCACUGUAUCUCAGAACUCAAAUAGAAUGGUAAUAGACUGUUCUGGUAUCACAGAAGAUCGUUCAUACAGUGAAAGAACUGGAGAAAGUGUUACAGAGGAAACUGUUUUUCCUAGAACUCUUUGUGCAGACGAAACAUUUUUUGUCAAAAAUACAGCUUGUUUCCCUUUAUCUUCAGACAAUGUAAAAAAGAAUCAGAGUUUUGAAGAUUGUUCCCGUACAUUUUGCACUGUAGAUUUAGACACAACAUUUAAUCCAAAAGCAGAAAGUGAAACUGACAAACUGAGUACAGUGGCAUUCAAAACCACCUCAAGUUUAAGUUUGUCCUUGAAUGGCAGUACAAACUCCAUUUUACAAAGAAGCAAAUCUCCAGUGAAAACCUCUAAUGGACUCAAAAAUCAUGAAAUUAAAACUUUCACCGCCACUGUUUCAUUACCACGAAGUCAUUCUUUUUCAUCGUUUCAUGUUAACCAAAGUCCCAUCUCUUAUAAACAGAAAUAUGAAGAUGCAUUUGAAAAAAUAUAUAAGGAAUUGUGUUCUCCAAAGUUGCAGAAGCCAUUUAAGUGUUCAAAUAUGUACACAAGCCUUAGAAACUCUGCAGAUGUUCACACUUCUGGUUUAGGUAAUCUGUCCUCAAAUUUCCAUAAAAAAACAAACAGUACAAUUGAAGAUAUGUACCAGAAAUUAUGUUCUGAAGGCUUUCCCAAAUUUCCAACAUUUCUAAGAGCAGCAAACUUAAAAAAAUACGAAGGAGUGCAGAUAUCUGAAACUGUAAAUGCCCUUGUUAAUUCUCCAAUAAGAAUUCUGCCUGCUGUUGCCAGAAUUAAAAGAGCGGCACAUUUUUGCAAUGAAGAUUUUCAGUAUUUACCUUUAAAAAGGUUAAAAAAUAAAUCUGAUCAUUCUAACAGAAUAUAUCAGAAAUUACCUUGCAGGAAAAACAUAAGUGAUACAACUUUCAUAUUGCAUUCACCUGUUAAAAAUAGUUCGGCAUCAAAUACGAAUUACGGAGGUUCUGUUGCUUCAGGUCAUGGAUUUCUGGCUACUUCAGUUGCUGAUAUGGAAGAAUCCGGGAUUUCAGAUAUGAAUGAAAAUAUUCCCAGGUGUUUGCGGGGACAUGAGUUUUCAAGAAAGUCACAGAAUUAUAUACCAAAAGUUUCCAGAAAGCUGAGCUAUAGUGAUGGGAGAAUCAGAAGAAGAGAACACAUACAGAAGGAUUACGAGGAAACAUUUCUGGAAGGGUUUGGAGAGGAAAAUGAUGUUUUUUAACCAAACAUAUUUUAAUCCAGUAAUUUCUAGACAGAAUAUAUAUUCAGUGGAAUAUUCCUGAACUAAAGUGGGAAAAUAUUUUUUACCAGUUCUUUAACUUAUCAGUUCUAGCAGAGGGUAGUAGACUUAAAAGACUGCAGUGAAAAUGGAGAGAUUAAAAACUACUGAUAUAGUUCAGCAUCCAAAUCUAUGCAAUUCUGUCAUUGGAAAAUUAUAGAGAUAAUGGAGACUAUGUUUCUAAAAUUCAGCAGUUCAGCUAAUUGGUUUUUUCCUUCUUAGUAGUUUAUUUAGCUUAAGUGGCUAUAAGAAACAUCUUUUGCAGCCCUUAAUUUGUUUGAUCUGCACCUCUAGAAAGAGGUUAUUGGGAAUUGAGACAUA